UUUACAUCGACGGGAGGCGCAGUUGGUAUAGGACGGCUGGAAGGUGUCAGUGCGCUGGGUACUCGGCGCGCCCUGCCAGCUUAUAUAAAUAGGUGAAGAGGGGCAGCGGAGACCUCUUGCACUUUCUUGGCGGAGCGCGACGCAACGACCAGUCAACGCCGAGCGCCAUGGCUCGACACGCGUUUUUGUGUCUUGGUGUGUUGCUGUUCGCCUGUUACAUACACGGCGAGAACCUGAGAGUUAAGAGACAAGAUGAAGAUGCUGGGAGCGACGAUGUGAACCCUGAGCAGCUGUGCGAGGGUCGGCCCGCCGACGAGUACUUCCGCCUCACCACCGAGGGAGAUUGCCGCGAUGUCGUCAGGUGCGACAAAGGCGGCGAAGACGGAGUCACCCGGCUCGCCUCAGUGAGGUGCCCCGGCGGUCUCGCCUUCGAUAUCGACCGCCAAACCUGUGACUGGAAAACACACGUUAAGAAUUGCGAUAAAUUAGAAAAACCAAGAAAAAUCUUACCCAUCCUGAAAACUGAUGAGCCCAUUUGCCCUGAGGGAAAAUUAGCUUGUGGAAGCGGGGACUGUAUCGAAAAGGAGCUGUUCUGUAACGGAAAACCCGACUGCAAGGACGAGUCCGAUGAAAAUGCAUGCACUGUUGACUUAGAUCCCAAUAGAGCCCCUGACUGUGACCCUAAGCAGUGUGCACUUCCUGACUGUUUCUGUUCUGCUGAUGGUACUCGUAUCCCUGGUGGAAUAGAACCUAACCAGGUGCCUCAAAUGAUCACCAUCACAUUUAACGGUGCCGUUAAUGUUGACAAUAUUGAUUUGUACGAUCAGAUUUUCAAUGGAAAUCGCCACAAUCCUAAUGGAUGCCAAGUACGAGGAACCUUCUUCGUUUCACACAAAUACACAAACUAUGCUGCCGUUCAAGAAUUACACCGUAAAGGACACGAAAUUGCUGUAUUCUCAAUUACACACAAAGACGAUCCGCUUUACUGGACUAGUGGUAGUUACGAUGACUGGUUAGCAGAAAUGGCCGGUGCUCGGCUCAUUCUCGAACGGUUUGCCAAUUUGACAGAUGCCUCGAUCAUUGGUGUCCGUGCUCCUUAUCUCAGAGUAGGUGGCAAUAAACAAUUUGAAAUGAUGGCUGACCAGUACUUUGUCUACGAUGCAUCGAUCACUGCUCCUCUAGGUCGUGUACCAAUCUGGCCUUACACCCUGUACUUCAGAAUGCCACACAAAUGCAACGGUAAUGCCCACAACUGUCCGUCUCGAAGCCACCCUGUUUGGGAAAUGGUUAUGAACGAGCUAGACAGAAGAGAUGACCCUACCUUCGACGAAUCACUGCCAGGUUGUCAUGUGGUUGACUCUUGCUCCAACAUUCAAACUGGUGAUCAGUUCGCGCGCCUUCUGCGCCACAACUUCAACCGCCACUACUCUACAAACCGCGCUCCUCUCGGUCUGCAUUUUCAUGCAUCGUGGCUCAAGUCAAAGAAGGAGUUCAGGGAUGAACUCAUCAAGUUUAUUGAAGAAAUGUUGGAAAAGAACGAUGUUUAUUUCGUAUCGCUGCUCCAAGUUAUUCAAUGGAUGCAAAAUCCAACUGAAUUAUCAUCGCUACGUGACUUCCAAGAAUGGAAACAAGACAAAUGUGACGUGAAAGGUCAACCUUACUGUUCUUUGCCAAAUGCCUGCCCAUUGACUACCCGGGAGCUGCCAGGAGAGACACUACGUUUGUUCACCUGCAUGGAGUGCCCUAACAACUACCCAUGGAUCCUAGAUCCCACGGGGGAGGGUUUCAAUUUUAAGAAGUGAUCUCUUUAAGUUAAAUUAAAAGACUGUAAACACAUGUAAAUAAUACUCAGUAAUGUUAACAAUAAUUACAAAUAUGAUCGAUAGGCAGGUCGACAUCAACAUUAGUAAAUAUUCUUAACAUUAAUAUAUUUUUUGUUCUGUGCAUCAUUUAAAACAAUAAGAAUUCAAUUAACAACGCUAUAAUUUGAGUUUGAUGUUUGGAACACGUUAUUAUGUUGAUAGCAACCACAUGCUGCCUUUACAAUUUUUACUGCAGUUAGGUAGAACGGUAGACUUGAUGUUUCAUUAAGUAUAAUUUA